UGAAAAUGUCUGCUGAUCCCGAAGAUAAAAUUAUUCUGCCUCAUCAUCAGCAGCAGGAAUUGUGUAGCACGCGACUGCCAUAUAGGCAAGGUCGAAAACUCACUGCUGUAAAGGUUUACACAGUGAACAAUGAAUCAAACCAUCUCUUAAUCUUCAACGUGCCAUCGCUGAACCUGCGUCAAGAAACUAAAUCCCUCUUCACCAAAUUUGGCAAGUUAAUUUCUUUCACCAUGACCCCUAAACACACAAUCGAGUCAUUCACCGAAACAUAUCACGCAGUGUUUGACAGUAUUCAAUCAGCUCGAUUAGCUAAAAAAAUGCUCGACACAAAGAAUUUCUACGGGGGUUCAUUACAUGUAUGCUACGCUCCUGAAUUUGAAAGUUUAAGCCAAACUAGACAGAAAAUUUGGCAACGGCAACGGGAAAUCAUGUUUCGAUUGAACAAUUUGCAAAAGGAAAAGGAAGAAAAGAAAGAUAGUCAAACACCGCUAGCCAAAAAUAACGAUAAUAAAGCUAUAGUAACAAACAAGAAGACAGAUCAAGUAACAGAUAGAAUAGACAUUGUAAAAGUAAAUAUGGGCGAGAUUAAUACUAUUGGUAUUAAAAAGCAGAUAGCACAUGUUAUUUACAAAGAUGAAGGUAAAAGAAAGAUAGAAAAAGACACUUUUGUUCUUGAAAAAAGAUUUAAACCUUGUUUUGUUAAAGAUCAAGUUGUAAAUAAUAAAAAUAUUGGUGAAAGUAGUACAGUAACUUCUGAUAAUAAUGAUUAUAGAAUUAGUAAUGAAAAUAAUUUGUUACUUGAUUAUUCUAAAGAGGAAUCAAUUAAACGGUUGAUAAGUGAUUCAAAAGUAACAGAAAAUAGCAAUAAAUUAUAUCAUAUUCCGAGAGAUAAAGAUAUAGACGUAAUAGAUUUUACAUCAACGGACAAAGAGACUAUUAGCAAUAUAAAUGAAGCAUUGAAUUACAACAAAUUCGCCGAUAUCAACUGUUGCUUGCCAGAUAAACCGUGA